AUGCAGCUCCUGUCUCUUCUUCCUUCCCUGGCCCUCGUGUCCGCGGUGGCCUCGUCCCCGCACGCGGCCCCUGCCAGCCUCUUCAUCCGCGCCAAUGAUCGAGGCAACGAGACCAUUGCCGGACUUGGGACUCGCAAGCAGGCGGUUGUGUCCGCUGGUGGGAACACCCGCGACCUGGCCAUCGCCAUGCUGGAAACUACAACCAUGACUAGCGACUAUACCUAUGGUGACGGCAAGACCGGCGACGCCACAAACUUUGGCAUCUUCAAGCAGAACUGGUUCAUCCUGAGACAUUCUGCGUCUGCAUUCCUCGACGAGACCGUCGAGCAGGUAGACGAUGGUGCCGUUCUCAACGAUGACCUGGACCUGGACAUCAAAUGUCGCCACGAGGGCGAGGAAAAGUACGGCUUCGAGACGUGGUUCAGCGGCCACCGCAACGGCGAGUCCGGAAUCAACAAUCCCGGCACCGACGACAUCAACAACUACAUCGCCGCGAUCGAGUGGAUCCAGCAGCAGAUCGAGAGCGACGAGAAGUACCAGGAAGACGACACUCGCUUUUGGGUCGAUGUCCAGGCCAUCUAG